UGAGGGCGGACUCAACCUGCCACUCCCCGCUCAGGCCUUCACGGGAGCGCGCCUCCCGCCCGCUGUCACGCUUUACUACCGACAGGCGCAGGGAGGAAGUCCGAGAGUCUGGGACACGAAGAGCUCCAGCGCACCGCGAGAAAAACUACUUCCAAACUUAACCUGGGGACUCAAGAGAAGCCCGGACACCGCGGCCCCGCGUCGGGAACUUCCAGCGGCGGACCAUGGACUAGAGGCGGCGGGUCGCGGCAGAUGGAGGCGGUGAGAAGUUUGGUGUUUGUCGGGGCCGUGCUGCUCGGAGCGACGGGCGCACUGGGCAGAGAAGUAUGCCUGGGUACAGAUAUGAAGCUGACCCUGCCCUCGAGCCUGGAAAACCACUACGAGACCCUGAGGCUGCUCUACACUGGCUGCCAGGUCGUCCACGGCAACCUGGAGAUUACACACCUGCAUGGGAAACCCGACCUCUCCUUCCUUCAGGGGAUCGUGGAGGUGCAGGGUUAUGUACUCGUAGCCCACGUGUCAGUGGAUCUGGUGCCUUUGGACAACCUGCGGAUCAUCCGAGGCAGCCAGAAGUACAACUCCAGCUACGCCUUGGCCGUGCUGGAUAACACUCUGAACGGACAGGGGCUCAGGACUCUGCGGCUUCGUAGCCUCACAGAGAUCCUGUUGGGUGGCGUGUACAUUUGGGGGAACCCUCAACUGUGCUUCCCAGAUCCCCAGAACAUAAUUUGGAGGGACACCCUGGAAGAGCAGACCCAUCACGUCAGGCAGCACCAACUGCAGCCUCGAGCCUCUAAAUGUCCAGAUUGUUCCUCUUUAUGUAAGAACAGCUGCUGGGGAGAAACUCCACAGGACUGCCAAGUCUUGACUCGUAUUGAUUGUGCAUCUGGCUGUCAGCGGUGCAAAGGUCCUCUGCCCAACGACUGCUGUCACAUGCAGUGUGCUGCUGGAUGCACUGGACCCAAAGACUCAGACUGCCUGGCGUGCCGUCACUUAAACGACAGUGGUGUGUGUAAGGGGAACUGUCCUCCACCUACGAUCUACGACCCCAUCACCUAUCAGUCCAAACCCAACCCAGACAAAAAGUUCAACUUUGGAGCCACCUGCAUCAAGACGUGUCCUUAUAAUUAUCUGUCUAUGGAUGUGGCCUGUACUUUGGUUUGUCCCAAAGCCAACAAGGAAGUUAUCAUCACCCUCCCUGAUGGAAACGAGACGCAGAAAUGUGAAACGUGUGAAGGGGACUGUCCCAAAGCAUGUUAUGGCCUGGGUACGGACAACCAAGGCGUCAUGGACAACAGCAGCAUUACCAUGGUAACAUCGUCUAAUGUGGAUUACUUCAACACGUGCAAGAAGAUUUUUGGCAGUCUAGCCUUCUUCGCUCAGAGCUUUGCAAGGGACCCUGCGACCAACACGUCAGGUCUGACUCUGCAGCAGUUGAGCUCCUUCAAGCAACUGGAGGAGAUAACAGGUUACUUGUACAUAGACGCUUGGCCUGAGGAGUGGACGGACCUGAGCGUGUUUGAGAACCUGAAGGUGAUCCGAGGCAGGAUGCUCUACAAGGGGGUGUUUUCCCUCGCCAUCCAAAAUCUACACAUCGAGUCUCUUGGGUUGCGUUCACUACGCAGCGUCAGUGGAGGUUUGGUGCUGUUGCACAACAAUUCCAAGCUGUGCUACACCAAUUCACUGCCCUGGGGGACUCUCCUGCAUCCCACCCAGGGACCCCACCGCAUCGUCAGCCGCAACCAGGACGCAGAAGUCUGCGAGGCAGAGGGACACAUUUGUCACCCGCUGUGUGAGGGGGGCUGUUGGGGUCCGGGGCCCAGUCAGUGUGUGUCCUGCAAAGCUUUGCGACGUGGCACAGAGUGUCUAGAGCAGUGUGACAUCUAUCAGGGGGACACACGUGAAUACGAAGACGGAUCUUUGUGUGUUGCCUGUCACAAAGAGUGCCGACCUCUGAACGGCUCCGCCUCCUGUCAUGGACCGGGUGCAAAUCAUUGCACAGAGUGUCAAAACUCCCAGGACGGGGAGUCUUGUGUGGAGCACUGUCCCAGAGGUGUGAAGGAGGACCAGCAAACAUUGUGGAAGUACAGGAAUGCGACCGGACACUGUCUUCCCUGUAACACCAACUGCUCGCUGUCCUGCACUGUGAUGGACGACAGAGGCUGCCCUGUCGAUAACAGGACAGGGCCGGGUACAACCAUCGCGGCUGCAGUGGGCGGGGUGGUGCUCUUCUUCAUCUUGCUUGCUCUGCUGGUUUUCUACCUGAGGAGGCAGAAGAAGCUGAAGAGGAAGGAGACCAUGAGGAGGAUCCUGCAAGAACAUGAGCUGGUAGAGCCUCUGACACCCAGUGGUGCGUCACCCAAUCAGGCUCAGAUGCGUAUCCUGAAGGAGACGGAGUUGAAGAAACUCAGGGUGCUGGGUGCAGGGGCCUUUGGUACCGUUUACAAGGGAGUGUGGGCUCCUGACGGGGAGAACGUGAAAAUACCAGUGGCUAUCAAAGUAUUACGAGAGAACACCUCGCCAAAGGCCAAUAAAGAAAUCCUUGAUGAGGCUUACGUGAUGGCGGGGGUGGCCAGCCCUUAUGUGUGCCGUCUGCUGGGAAUCUGUUUGACCUCCACCGUGCAGCUGGUCACUCAGCUGAUGCCGUACGGCUGUCUUCUUGACUACGUCAGGGAGAACAAGGACCACAUCGGCUCCCAGUUCCUCCUCAACUGGUGUGUGCAGAUCGCCAAGGGCAUGAGCUACCUGGAGGAGGUCCGGCUGGUCCACAGAGAUCUGGCCGCCCGCAACGUUCUGGUGAAAAACCCAAACCACGUGAAGAUCACAGACUUCGGCCUCGCCCGCCUGCUCGACAUAGACGAGACAGAGUAUCACGCGGAUGGAGGGAAAGUUCCGAUUAAAUGGAUGGCUCUGGAGUCUAUUCUGCACAGGAAGUUCACUCAUCAGAGCGACGUCUGGAGCUACGGAGUGACCGUUUGGGAGCUGAUGACGUAUGGUGCUAAACCGUACGACAUGAUCCCAGCGAGGGACAUCCCAGAUGUGUUAGAGGGAGGAGAACGACUUCCCCAGCCGCCCAUCUGCACCAUUGACGUCUACAUGAUCAUGGUCAAAUGUUGGAUGAUUGAUCCAGAGAGCAGACCGAAGUUCAAAAAUCUGGUGAACGAUUUCAGCGUCAUGGCCAGAGAUCCUCCUCGUUACGUCGUCAUUCAGAACGAUGAGCAGAUGAGCAUGUCCAGCCCUGUGGACAGCCAGUUCUUCCGGACGCUCAUGGAGGAGGAAGGGAACAACAUAAGGGAGCUGCUGGAUGCUGAGGAGUAUCUGGUGCCUCAGCCGAACCUCUUCCCCAGGAUUCCGGGAGACGGGGUUCAGUCCAACGGGCCAUCCAGACACCAGUCAUACAGGAGCAGAGAUCAGGGAUUAGAUGUUGAUCAGUCCAUCGCAGGCGCCUCUCGGAGCAUGUACUCCUCCCUGAGCACUCUCGGCCGCUGCCAGUACCCCAUCCUACCAUUAGGUGCCAGCACCUCCAACGGCAUGUGGACUCCUCAGUACCCGACGCUGGCUCGCAGACCCUCUGCCAGUGGCCAGUCUGACUCUGUCUUCAUCGACGGGGGGCCUGAUGACCCCUCACUGCUCCCAGCCAGCCCUGGACGCUACUGCAAAGACCCCACGUACCCCUGCGGGAGCCAAGACGAGCUGGAGACAGAUGGGCCGAACGGCUUUCAUCAUCCCAAUCAGUUUCAUCACUCGCUGCCCAGACGUGGUCAUGGAAUCAAUCAUAAUCAAACCGUGCCAGAGUACGUAAACCAGGAGGUUAUGGAUUUAAGACCGGGAAUCCCAGAGCGUCCCACCACGCUGCCUCGUAAAGGCUCCAGAGUAGAGCGACGCCUCCCCAACGGCCUGAACUCCGGUCACAGCGUGGAAAACCCAGGAUACUUGGUCCCUGCAAGCAGCGGGGUCUCAGCUUCUCCGGCCUUUGACAACCCGUACUAUCUGGACCUUGUGGCCAAAGCCAACGCUGUAGCUGGGGCAGGGGACGGUGCGGGAGGAGUGCCCAGGCACGUGAACGGGUUUGUGACCCCCACUGCAGAGAAUCCAGAGUAUCUGGGACUAGCGGACACCUGGAGCGGACAUACUUGAAGAGAGGGAACAGAAGUAAUGCGAUGAACUCAAGAGGAGUCAGAUUAAGUUCUACUGAGGUAACAGAUGAGUGAGAGAAAGGGAAGAUGGAUGCGUGUGUGUGUGAUGCUAGGAACGAGCACAUGGAGCUGAAUCCUCUGAAGAUCCAAACCAGGUGAGGAUAUUUGGCAAAUGUCACCAAAUCAACCAGUUGUGGCACAUUGUGCCUCGACACUGUGUGGAAUUAAUCUGGUGUUCGUGGCAUCAUUUGUAUUACUGUCUUCCUCUCAGCAAUCUGUUGAGUGUCAAAAAGAAGUUUACUUGGCCUCUGUAAAUAACCCAGUACUUGAGAAGCAAAACAGUUCACACUAGUGGAGACCCAACACGGUACAAGAAGAGUCUGAUCAUCACAGAAUCCAAUAUGUGACUGGAUUCACAAAUGCUCAAUUCGUUUUUUGUUUUUUUUCGUUUUUUUUUACUUGUCUGUGGAUGUUUUCUACAUGUGGAGCAUUUUUAAUAUUUCCCUCGUUUCCCUCCCGUGUCAUGAUUUGCUCCAGUUCAGCUAAACACGGAAAAAACAUAUAGAACCCUUUCACAAAUUGAGCCAUGGUGUGCACUCAGGAUUCCGUUUAGUAUUCUGGUCACUGUCUCCCAGACCUGAUGGGGGUCUUCAGUACACUCAAAGCCAUUUUGUUUUGGCCAGAGAAGGCCCUGCAGCCCAUCUGGCCAGUAGAUAUGCUCCCAGAAAGAAAGGCUUCCUGUAUGCAGAAGACAGAGGCAUUGUGCUGCACUGAUGUAUGUGGUUGUUAGUGUCUGUGGCUGCAGCUUCUUUGUGGUACGGCAGAUGAGAUAUGAGGUACUUGCAGAAUUUUAAACUGCACAAAUCUCAGAAGAUUCUUCUUUUUUUUAUUUUUUUUAAUGAUGCAUUAUUCAGGACAUGUUAGGAUAGUGAAUGUUCCCCCCCGCCCCUGAAGCUUGGGUUAUCACAAUGAGCUUUUUUAGUUUUGGAGUUCAGUCACUGUGCAAGAAUUCAUAUGAGCUGUUGUUAAAUAUUCCGAAAAGAAGUGAAGAAUUCCUUUUUGUUUGUCACCAGAGCUGCGAUUUCCACAAAUCACCAACUACUCAUUCAAGUUCAGCAAGUUACUUUCUUAAGGCUCGUUGGGGCCUUUAACUCUGAUUGGCAAACUGUACGUGUGAGAGACUAAGUGCGUUCAAUAAGCGCCACCAGUUGUUUCAAGCAACGCUAGAUCGUCUUUAUACCGUAGGAUUAUUAUUAUUCAUUAUCAUUUUGAUGGCACACAAACUUAUAUAAGAUACAACUGGGUCACCGUUGUCAGUGUGGACAUAAUCUCACUGCCACAGAAGAAACCGAGGAAGAGGAAACGAUAAAGUGAGAAACAGAAUUCAAGUGAAUAUUAGAUCAUAUUUGACUUUUUGUCGAAAGAGGCAAAAGAUUUGGGACCGAUGACGACCCGGUGCUGUUGUUCUCAUCGAAUAAGUAUUUGAGUAAAAUCUCUGGUUGUCGGUCAACAUGGUUCCUUGACUUCUUCACCUUCAUCUUGUCAACGAAUGCUCGUGUGUACAGCUUCGCAUCCUACCUGAGGGGGGGGGCCCGAGUGUAGCCGAGCGUGAAUCUUGCGCUGUUGUUAGAUAAACGCCUGUCAAACGUUUGUUAUGGCUCCCGACUCUUCUAGCUGCCGCUCUCUCUCCCACUGGCUUUCCUCUCUAUCCCAAAAGUCUCUCUGCUCGAUUGGGAUAAUCAAUGCAUGGCUCAAAUUCCACUCAGCGAGAGCACACUGGCAUCCCAGUUAAUAAUCAACAGCAUUUUUUGGAAGACUUUUUUUUAACGUUAACUAGUGCUGGGCUGGGGGAGGUCAAACCGAGUCAAUGGAGCUAUUGUGUAACCCCCCCCCCCCCUCCUCGUUGGAAAGUCAGUUCUCUCCCAACUCACGCGUCCCAGCGACUGAUGUUGUCGAAGCUUUGAAAAGAGAGAAGCCAAGUUUUUAUUUCUGCAGAGUUUGAGACCCGGCAGCAGAAUGUGCUCCAGUGUUUGGGGCUUUUUAUCGUGACAUAAAUUUCCCUGCAUCUUGUCGUUCACUAAACGAACCGCAGCUCAUCAUCCAGCUGCGACCAGUUACUACUGAGAUUCAACAUGGUUUUUUUUAAGGAAGAACUUCUCUUCUCUGAGAUGUGUGAUUUCUCAGAGGUCGUCCACACAAUGAACAGAGUGUGUCGGGAGUGGGAGGUGUGAGACAGAUCCACAUCAUCCUCCACCAUCACUCUCACUCUUUGAGUCUUUGGCAAAACUUGCUUUUAUUUUCAUGUUCUCUUACGGGUUUUGAAGAGUUUUGUUCCAGGAUAAAAUGUCUAAAAAAUAUAUACCUAAUCUUAGAUAAUUAAGAAUAACCUCUUUUUUAAAUAAAAACCUAAGACUUUACAUCCAUAUCUUCAACUAUUGUAUACUAACAAUGUAUUGAUUGAAUUAUUUUUGAGUGAUAAGAUUCAUAUUACAGUUUUUAAUGUCUAUAUUAUUAUGAAUAUACACUACAGUGUUUUGGAAUGAAACCCUUCAUGUUUUAUUGCUGUCAGUUGAAGACCUCAUGUCUCCACAGAGAGAAAAGCCGAUUUUACGCAAAGAUUACAUGGAUUCUGUGGUAUUUUACAAAACGUUUUAAAAACACUAAUGAAUGUAUAAGUUUCUCAGCAUCUAGAGGAGUGUGUUAAACUUAAAAUCAUAACUUAAAGAAGCACACCAUGACCCAGUAGCGCCAGUAAAAAUCCUCAAUUCCCCUCUGCUGGAAAAACAAGGUUUUCACAGGGUGGUAACAACAGCUCGCAGAUGUUCUCUCCCUAACUUGGAAAUGAUGAGACCACGACACAAAGCUUGAAAGCAGCCGCAGUUAAAGUGUGUGUGUUUACACUGUAGUGUCACUUUUGUAUGACUUGUUCGUUUUAGAGGUCGUCUGCACAUCGUUAAGGAAACUCUCAGACAGACAAGGGGCCGAUCAGUCCGCCUUUAUACUGUAUGUUAGUCGGUCUUGUUCGUUUACUGAUAUGACCUCUGCCACAGAGGUUAUGUUGAUAUAUAAUUCAUGGAUCAUGACAAAAAUAAACGGUCAUGUUAAGGGGACUAAUAUUUAUGAGUGUGUGUAAUUUGGUGCAGAUCCAAAUGAAAAUCUGUGGUUUCAUAAGGGCACUGUUGGGCCUUGGUGGAGGUAUGUGCUCCAUUAAGUGCCAUUUCAGAUUCAAUAUAAUGGCACUCAGUCGAGCGUAUAACUCUGCCAAGGCCCAGUAGUCCCCUUAAACUCAAUUAAGCUGCACCAGAUUGCUCACACUCAUAGAUAUCAGUGUGGGAAAUAUAUAAUAAAAUAAUCCCUACCUUGCAAUAAAAGAAAUUUCUGGAUCUGCUCUUUUGUCCGGAUCUGUGCCAAAAUGGAUCAAGUUGUUCCUGGACUAUUACAAAUCCAAUAAUGAAAACAUAACCUCCUUGGCAGAGGUAACCAUUCACUCGUACUAAAACCGGUACAGAACCUUCGGACCACGUGGUUAUGGAAACUUUUUCAGUGUCCCUGUUAAACUCAUCAGCUUUUGAUUGGAAUUAGCUGAAUAUCAAAAAAGCUGACGGAUGCUGAUGGUGUUAAAUUGUGUCACAGUGACACAAGGAAGGAGGAAACACACACGGUUAUUGUCGUGAGUUUGUUAACGAUCAAAAAUGUUUUUAUCCAGAGAGGAAAAAAGAGCCAGUUUAAAGAACAGGAGUGUGCUGAAGGUUUAAAUAAAAUGAAAUAUCUCUAACUUACAUUUUGAAGAAAAAUUUUAUCUUUUUUUACUUUUCAUGUGAAUAUUGUAUUUUUUAAUCUUUCACAGUUUACGUGAUUGUGACAGGACAUGAAUAAUAACCGUUUUAUUGGGAGUUUAAUAACGCAUCCUUUCCUACUCGUUUGGUCAGUAAGUCCCAUCCUGUAAAUGUGUAUCAUAUGAAUACAGUGUAUAUAUCAAUAAAAACAAUCACUCUGGUAGCUAAUUUGAUUAAAUACGUUGAACUUUGUCACAAGUUGCUCUAAUGUGGAGGGGGUAAAUACAUAAGAACAUAUUUUAUGAAGAAAUGGUCGUUUUUAUAUGGAAUUGUUUGCAGACUGUGUGUUUUCAAAACAUAAAACAUU